ACUAACGAGCAGUUCAUUGCAUAUUUGACAUUAUUCGGUGAUGGGCAACCAGAGCGAGCUGCAUUGCCGGUGCUAAAGAAAAUUUUGGAAAAAAAGCGUGGUGUGAAAGCUGUGCAGCUUUUCUCAGAUGCUAAGUAUCUCCGUGACUUGAUCAUCAGCAUACCUGACCGCGUAAUUCUUUCUUUAGUCGAAGGCCUUCUUGCCAUACCAGUAGGACCAGAGGCCUGUGAAGCAGCCUCAAAAAUUCUUCUUGAUGGCACAGAUAUGAGGCCAGCCGCAAAUCCUGCCGUGAUCUUUGCCUUGUUAGGAAAAGAUGAAACAACAUUUACUGAUCUGGUUGCUUCGAAAAGUCUUGCUAAUGAGUUAGCCUAUCUUGAGCGGGCGACAUUGAUGUUGGAGGCCAUGCCAGAUGCGGACAGCAAGUUGAUGGAAGCUGUCAGGUGA